CUUCUGAAUGGUGAACCGAGACCAUGUGUUCUAAGCCAGCUGCCUGCCAUUCUGCGGCCCUUCUGUUUCCACUUCUUACUCUGGAGCUGUCUUCUGUGAAAACAUCUCUUUCAUGAGAAGGAAGAGAGGAAGGAAGAUGCUCUGUGAUGCUGCCAGUAAUGCUGACCAGUCAUGGUGCCGUUACCUCCUCGGCCGUCUUUGCACUCUGUUCCCACUGAGGUUUCUGCUGCAGUGUAACUGAGCACUCCAGGUACCACCGGGGGCUAUCAGGAUGAGCUCUCCUUCCAUCCCAGCCUGUCACUGCCAGAAAAUUACCUGAAGAGGUCCAGCCUGAGGCCUCCUCAUGGAUGGGUCAAACGUGACAUCAUUUGUUGUUGAGGAACCUACGAACUUCUCCACCAGCGGGAAUGCCUCAGCCGGGAACGUGCAUCGGCAAAUCCCCAUCGUGCAUUGGGUCAUCAUGAGCAUCUCCCCAGUGGGGUUUGUUGAGAAUGGAAUUCUCCUCUGGUUCCUGUGCUUCCGGAUGAGAAGAAAUCCCUUCACCGUCUACAUCACCCACUUGUCUAUUGCAGACAUCUCACUGCUCUUCUGUAUUUUCAUCCUGUCUAUUGACUAUGCUUUAGAUUAUGAGCUUUCUUCUGGCCAUUACUACACAAUUGUCACAUUAUCAGUGACUUUUCUGUUUGGCUACAACACGGGUCUCUAUCUGCUGACGGCCAUUAGUGUGGAGAGGUGCCUGUCCGUCCUUUACCCCAUCUGGUACCGAUGCCAUCGCCCCAAGUACCAGUCGGCAUUGGUCUGUGCCCUUCUGUGGGCUCUUUCUUGCUUGGUGACCACCAUGGAGUAUGUCAUGUGCAUUGACAGAGAAGAAGAGAGUCACUCUCGAAGUGACUGCCGGGCAGUCAUCAUCUUUAUAGCCGUCCUGAGUUUCCUGGUCUUCACGCCCCUCAUGCUGGUGUCCAGCACCAUCUUGGUCGUGAAGAUCCGGAAGAACACCUGGGCUUCUCAUUCCUCCAAGCUGUACAUUGUCAUCAUGGUCACCAUCAUUAUAUUCCUCAUCUUCGCCAUGCCCAUGAGACUCCUGUACCUGCUGUACUAUGAAUAUUGGUCCACCUUUGGGAAUCUCCACCACAUUUCCUUGCUCUUCUCCACCAUCAACAGUAGUGCCAACCCUUUCAUUUACUUCUUUGUGGGAAGCAGUAAGAAGAAGCGAUUCAAGGAGUCCUUAAAAGUUGUUCUGACGAGGGCUUUCAAAGAUGAAAUGCAACCCAGGCGCCAGGAAGACAACUGUAAUACUGUCACAGUUGAGACCACCGUCUAAGAACUGUGAGGGAAGUUGUGAAUAAAAAGUAGAACAGGUCAUUUUCAGUUUGUGCUUGGACUAUAACUUAAGUAUCUCCUAAAUGUGAUACAGAAGAACAUCUCAUUCCGUAGACAUGAGAUACUAAUUAAU